UCAGCCGGUGUUUUCAUAUUUUUACGCCCCUCCGCUCUUGCACGGUGGUUUCCAUGCUUCAGAGACGACAAACGUAGUCUGCAGGAAAACCAUGACUCUGACCAGAGGAUCUUUCACCUAUGCUAGUGGGGAAGAGUACCACGGCGAGUGGAAAGAAGGUCGGAGACAUGGUGAUGGCCAGCUCAAGUUUCAGGAUGGAACCUGUUACAGCGGUCAGUUUGAGAAUGGACUCUUCCAUGGUUCUGGUGUACUGCUUUUUACAGAUGGAUCCAGAUACGAAGGCGAAUUUGCACACGGAAAAUUUCAUGGCACGGGUGUCUUCAGUCGAUAUGACGGCAUGAAGUUUGAAGGGGAAUUCAAAGACGGGCGUGUUGAAGGCUAUGGGCUACUGACUUUCCCAGAUGGAACUCAUGGUGUUCCACGAAAUGAAGGCUUGUUUCAAAACCACAAGCUGCUGAAGAGAGAAAAGUGUCCAGGAGUGGUGCAGCGUGCGCAGGCUUCAGCCUCCAAUGCUCACAGCCUGGCGCUUUGACAACCCUGAAGGACACAAUCGCACUCAACACCAUCCGAAAGGGCGUCAGGGAUUGUACUUGAAUAUGUUUCCCCAGCUUUUCUCUCAAUGUCUUCAUCUCUUCUUUUACCAUGACUUUUUUUCUUGUUAUGCAUGAUCCUCGCUCUGCUUCAACAGAGGCUUGGAAUCCACAUGCAAAUUGACCAAAUAAUGACUUUCUGGAAGACUGACAUGAAAUAUGAAGACCAUAAAGCACACCUUUAACUUCAAGUUAUGAAUACAGUGAAUGCUGCUGUUCCGGUGUUCUGAACAUCGUCUUUUUGUCUUUCCUACAGAAUACUUAGCCUUCUUUUAUCAAACCAGGAAAAUUGAGACAUCUGGUUCUUUAAAGAGUUUGUAAAUUAAUUCUAUAGGUGGAAUUAAUUCACCUUAAAAAGGUGCAAGCUAUUACAAGAAAGUGAAACCUAAAUGUACCUUUUGAAUUUUUAACUAGUGGUGCCACUAGCAGUGCUUUUAUAAGUGGGUCCGCUUUUGUUCUUCACAUUCACAUGCACAAGGACGUGCUUGCAUGUGCAAGAGCAUGGCAGCAACAUGAUUCACAUUCAUGACAGCAUGCCCACAAAGCCAGUCACAAAGACCGAGGGCUAAAACACAGAUCUAAACAAUGCACCAUUUCAAAUAGUUUUUAAUUGGCUUUGUAAAGGUGUUAUGAGCAAGGAAAAGCAUUCAACAAGUUUGACGGGUGGAAAAAGACACACACAGCGCGCUGACGAAACGAGGUGAAUGUAAAUGAUUCUGAGAACACUCCAAUGGCCGCCUUUAAGAGUCCCUCAACUGAAAAUCCUGCUGCUAACUUUACAAAAAAAGGGAUCAAUUUUUCCACUUUCCCCCUUUUGAAAAUCAGUAUUCACGUUUGCCUUAAAGACAUUUUUGUGCAAGAGUGUAGUUCAAGGUUGUCUGAUUUAAAAAAACAAAAGACGCACAACGCCCUCUCUUUCCCUUCUUGACUCCAUUGCUCCGAGACAUAUCGCUAAGCUGGUGCUGAGGGUUUAGCUCCCAUCAACGCGUUACAUUUACAGUGGAAAUCACAACUAAAUGCACUCAAUUAUGGACCUAAAUCUUAAACAAGGCAG